AUCACAGUCUGAGUUUCCACUUGCCGCUUACUGCGGGCUGGUUUCGGUCAACCCAGCAGCUCCCUCCCCUUCAUGUCUCCUCCCCUACAUCUGUCAGUGGUUCACUCUCUGGUACAGGUCAUUCGAUGCUUGCCAACAGCCACGCCAUGGGACAGCCAUCAGUUCCCUCCCCCAACUGGAUUUCCAUGGCGGAAACCGAGGGCUCGCCGUCACUCACGGCGUCGAUCGACGCCUAUGUGUUGCGACCGCUGCAGCGCGCGUCGUCCGCCAUAGGGUCGGGCGACCUCUGGCAGCGCGCCGCCGACAUGGAUGAAGCCGUCGCACAGUCGCACACAGGCAGCACAGCGACGACGAACGAAUCGGCUGCGACAGGGAAGAAGUGGAGCGUGAUGGGAUCGACGGCGCGCAAGGUGCAGCGGAUGCUGUUUGCGGACAAAUCAGCUUCAGUCGCGGAUAGAAAGACCAAGCGGCUGUUGCCGUCGCUGCUCUCGAGCAGUCGCCGGCAGGAGCGCGGGCACGAGAUGACCCUGCGGGGAGUCGCAGGCGGCAGCUGCCGGGUGGAGAGCGAGAGCGCGGACGACGGCGGCGAGGACGGCGGCUUCGGGCUGGAGCGACGAAGCGUCUCCUUUCCCCACUUUGCCGACGGCGAAAUCAUCGACAGGGUCGCGAGCGCGGAGGAGCGAGGGGUUUCGGAACCCGGCGUCGCGGAUCCAGAGGGGCGCUCAGAAGGCGACCUGCUGUCUCCGCGGUCGACGGCUGUAGCAGCGGGCGCGGACGGACCGCGACCGCUGAAUGCGGACUCAGCAUCACGGCCCGAACUAAACAGCCCCCACUGGAGAAUAGCGUCCCCUGUCGCCGUGCUGCCCCGCCCCGUGCGCCCUCAGACAGCCCCCAGCGGGAGCGACUCUUCCCUCCACGUCGACGCGCCUGAUUCCGAUUCCUCGCGACGCAAAGCCGCGCCAGUUGCGCCUGCCGUGCCGCAGGAGUUGAGUGCGGCCUCGGGCGCAGAAGUCCAGCCGCGGCUCGCCGACGAGCGGUCACCCGUCGCCGCCUCGGAGCCUUCGUGUGCCGCCCUUACCCUUUCUGAGCCUCUCCCGCCCAUUGACGCCUCCCUGAUGCCACCGCUGCCCUCCCCGGCCGCGCCCCGUCCUCCCAGCAGCGGCGGGAACAGAAGCGGCAGGCUGAGGGCGGAGAGGGGGAUGCGCGGGGGUGAGAGAGGGGGGGAAGGGCUUCGAGUGGAUGUAGCAAGCAGGCGGCAGCGGUCGAGACACAGCGGCGAGCUGGCGUGGGCGGAGGCGCUGGGGGGGCAGGUGUUGGAGCGAAGCAAGACGGCGGAGAGAGACGCGAGCUCGAGAGGGCGGGUAGCCAGGGGAAGUCCUCGCGUGGGGGGCCACCAUCACCUGUGGGCUUCCUGGGACUGCGACGCGGGCACGGGGAUGGGGCGUGGAGGCCCAGACUCUUUGCAGGACGGGGUAGAGAGUUUGGAUGAAGCAAGCUGGGGGGCUGUUUCGGUGAGGGAAAGGCCAACAUCGUCAGGAGGCAGGGUGCCUAGCACAGCUGUGAGCCCUCGGGUGGUGAGGUUCAAUUUCAAGCAGCACAUCCAGCAAGUAGCGUUGGCUACAGCACGUGAUGAAUUGGCCCAAUAAGGUUGUAGUAUACCUAAUUCCUUGUACCUGAACGUCUAAUAGAGCGUAGCUAGAAUGACUUUGUAGGUACUUUUCCCCUCAUACGUUCUCAAUGGGAGGUACAACACAUUACCUUGUUUUCUAACUCUCUGCCGUCUGCUGAUCUAACAGCGAAGCAUCAAGGUUGAGGGAAGUCUGUUUUAUGGCAUG